AUGUUCAUUUCCCGUUGAUUUUUCUCAACAAAUCACAAAGAUAUUGGUACUCUAUACCUAUUAUUUGGUGCUUGAGCAGGUAUAGUAGGCACUGCACUAAGUCUCCUUAUUCGUGCAGAACUUGGCCAACCUGGAGCCCUAUUAGGUGAUGAUCAAAUCUAUAAUGUAAUCGUAACAGCUCAUGCUUUCGUAAUAAUUUUCUUUAUAGUAAUGCCUAUUAUAAUUGGGGGGUUCGGCAAUUGACUAGUACCACUAAUAAUUGGCGCACCCGAUAUAGCAUUCCCACGAAUAAAUAAUAUAAGCUUCUGGCUUCUCCCCCCUUCCUUCCUACUUUUACUUGCUUCCUCUACAGUUGAAGCUGGCGUCGGAACAGGUUGAACCGUAUACCCACCACUAGCCGGAAAUCUAGCACAUGCCGGAGCUUCAGUUGACCUGGCUAUUUUCUCUCUUCACCUAGCCGGAGUAUCAUCAAUCCUCGGACGUAUUAAUUUUAUCGCUACAAUUAUUAAUAUAAAACCACCUGCCCUCUCUCAAUAUCAAACACCUUUAUUUGUUUGAUCUGUUUUAAUUACUGCUGUCCUACUACUCCUCUCCCUUCCUGUCUUAGCAGCAGGUAUUACCAUACUCCUAACAGACCGAAAUCUUAAUACCACAUUCUUUGACCCAGCUGGAGGGGGAGACCCCAUUUUAUAUCAGCACUUAUUCUGGUUCUUCGGCCACCCCGAAGUAUAUAUUCUUAUUUUACCAGGCUUUGGCAUCAUCUCCCAUGUAGUAACCUACUAUUCCGGUAAAAAAGAACCUUUCGGAUAUAUAGGAAUAGUUUGAGCUAUAAUAUCCAUUGGAUUCCUAGGCUUUAUUGUAUGAGCCCACCAUAUAUUUACAGUAGGUAUAGAUGUAGACACACGAGCAUACUUUACAUCUGCCACUAUAAUCAUUGCUAUUCCUACGGGAGUUAAGGUCUUUAGUUGAUUAGCCACUCUCCAUGGAGGAAACAUUAAAUGAUCACCAGCCAUACUUUGAGCCCUUGGCUUUAUUUUUCUAUUUACAGUAGGUGGACUAACAGGUAUUGUCCUAGCUAACUCAUCACUAGAUAUUAUUUUACACGACACUUACUAUGUAGUAGCUCACUUUCACUAUGUCUUAUCUAUAGGAGCUGUUUUCGCUAUUAUAGGAGGAUUUGUACACUGAUUCCCUCUAUUCACAGGAUAUACUUUAAAUACAACUUGAGCAAAAAUUCAUUUUCUAGUUAUAUUUGUAGGUGUCAACAUAACUUUCUUCCCUCAACACUUUCUAGGUUUAUCUGGAAUACCACGACGCUACUCUGACUAUCCAGAUGCCUAUACUACUUGAAAUACAGUAUCUUCUAUAGGUUCUUUCAUCUCACUAACAGCAGUAAUACUGAUAGUCUUUAUAAUCUGAGAAGCUUUCGCAGCUAAACGAGAAGUUUCAGUAGCAGAACUAACUACAACUAACCUAGAAUGACUGCAUGGAUGUCCUCCUCCCUACCAUACAUUUGAAGAACCCACAUAUGUUAAUCCAAAAUAA